UCUAAAUCAUCAAUACCAUCACACUUCCUACUUCCACCAGCCACCCCCCGAUCCCAACAGUGAAAAUGAUCGGCAACUCCCAGCUCUUCCUCUUCGGCCUCGAAGGCACCGAAAUCAACCUCCCCAGCUCCGACUCACUCCAAAUCCGCGGCAACACAUGGGUAAUUGACAAGAAGCUCAACGAAGUCUCCUGCAGUACCACACGCGAGAAUCUCGACCGUGCGGCCCCAUCUUACACAAUGGGAAAGUUCUCAUGUCAUCAGACAGGAGCUCCUCCCGAGUCUGCGUUUAUGAGAAUCUACGCUCAAGUCCCGAUCGACGAAACCCAGUUCCUGAGACCUGAGAUACGGGCAACGCAGGCUGUCCCUCCUUACCGGCAUGGUGAGGUUAUGGCGUUGAAACGGUUCAAGGAGGGUGGCUGUACGGUUGUGCCGGAGCUUCUUGGGUAUGGUGAGCUUGUUCAAGAUAGGUAUGGGCUUGUGUCCGGGGGGUAUAUCAUCUAUCUUGUUUGGAAGAAAGUUCCAGGCGAGUCAUUGUCACGACAGUUUUUCUGAUCGUUUGAUCUUCCCACGCGAGAUCUUAUUCGUCGGAGUUUUCGAGCUGCUUAUGAAACGUUGAUAUCUUUUGGCUAUAUGUCAAUGACAAAAACCCCGGCUAAGAUUCUUUGGGAUAAAGACUCUGCUGAGUUAUAUAUCUCUGGAUUCUCAACAGCUGUCAAAGUCGACCCUACCAAAGAAUGGAAUGAUGAGAAUUACGCCAUAU